UUCAGUUCACUGCUGGCUGUCGGGACGGAAGUGAUGGUGCGGCCAAAGCGAACCGGCACAGUUUCUCGCGGGUAAACAUUCAAAUGACGAGAGCGUCGCGGUGAAGUGUUCUACCGGUUUUUUCCUGUGCGCUCGUCUCUGAGAGACACUUGAGCAAUUAUCAAAGAACUUGUGUGCGCUCCUCAGACUGGCCAAGAUAAACACGCGCUGUCGCUGUGGAGUCAAAGUGAGAGGAAAAUUUUCCUUGGGUCUCUUGUGAAAUUAUUGCGGUGUAGAAUUUUUUGCUAUUCUUGCUCGUCUCGCGCCCAUCCAUCCGCCAAUUAACUGCAUAAUGGCGAUAUUCAGAGUGUGAGAGAGGCAGAGACUUAAGCAACGUGCAAUUAAAUAGAUUGAUUCCGAUCUGUGUGCGUAUUUUAAGUUUUAAUGACAACAUACCAGGCGCCUCCACGCGGGAGGUGAGCUUGGAAGAAAGUGCGAAGAAGUGAGUGAUGUGACGCUGUUUCGCUGGCAUUAUUUACACUGUCCAUGGUGCGGUGCGGGCGAUUUGCUGGACAAGGGUGAGGAGUGACUUCCUCUACCCGUGGACAUCCCACUGGAGGCAAGUCCAUGGGCCAGACAUCUAGCAUGUGCCGCUUCCGUGGAUGCCGCUACAAGAAAAGCUUACACCUGCGAAGCAUAGACGCGCCUCAGAACAGAAUGCCCGCCGAGCAGGGGGGCGCGGACUCUGGUACUCGUUCCGGCGUCCCCCUGCCACUGCAGCUGCCCGCACCUGACACGCAGGUCAGCUAUGAUGCCGAGUACGCUCGCAUGGAGGCCUGGCUGGAUGAGAAUCCCGAGUUCGCGCAGGACUACUUCAUCCGCAAGGCCACGCGCCAGGUUGUGGACGCGUGGCUCGUGAAUCACGCCACGCCGGGGGCGGAAAUAUCAUCGCCAACCUACAAUUCGGGCGCCUGCUCGUCGCGAGGCGGCUCAGGGGCCACAACUCCAGUCAGAAAAAUCUCAGCCCACGAGUUCGAGCGAGGGGGCUUGCUGAAGCCUAUUGUGAACACCAUCGACGGCACCCCCACGUUCCUCAGCGUCGGCUGCCAGAAUGAGGGUGCCGCAGCUGUCAUGGGGGCUGCGGGCGGGGCCGGCGGUUGGGGGCGACCGCAGCGAUUGUCACGCAAUGAACUCAAGCUCCUUGACGAGAAGGAGCUCAUCUUUGAAUUGGUGAAGGACAUCUGUAAUGAACUGGACGUGAGGUCGCUGUGCCACAAAAUCCUGCAGAAUGUCUCGAUACUGCUCAAUGCGGAUCGGGGAUCUCUCUUUCUCGUCCAGGGACGCACGAAUGCGUGCCAGAACGUCCCUAAGAAAUGCUUGGUAUCAAAGCUCUUCGAUGUUUGUCCACGGAGCACGCUCGAGGAGAUGGAGCAGCAGGAGGAAGUGCGGGUGGCAUGGGGCACAGGAAUAGCUGGACAUGUUGCGGAGAGUGGAGAGCCCGUGAACAUUCCCGAUGCAUAUCAGGAUGAGCGCUUCAAUCGGGAGAUAGAUCUGCAGACAGGCUACCGGACAAAGGCGUUGCUCUGCAUGCCGAUCAAAGAUGCUACGGGGGAUGUCGUGGGAGUGGCUCAAGUCAUCAACAAACUCAAUGGUGAUUCCUUCACCGAGAACGACGAAAAGGUCUUCGUGCGCUAUCUCCAGUUCUGCGGCAUUGGACUGCGAAAUGCUCAGCUGUACGAGAAGUCGCAGCUGGAGGUGAAGCGCAAUCAAGUGCUGCUGGAUUUGGCGAGGAUGAUCUUCGAGGAGCAGAGCACGAUAGAGUAUAUGGUUUUCCGGAUACUCACGCACAUGCAGAGCCUCAUCCAGUGCCAGCGUGUGCAGAUCCUGCUCGUCCAUGAGGCAUCCAAAGGCUCCUUCUCGCGGGUGUUCGACUUUGAACCGAACGACCUCAGCGAGGAUGGCAGUCAAGCUAGAACUAGUCCGUAUGAGAGUCGCUUUCCUAUCAAUGUGGGUAUUACAGGGUUUGUGGCAAUGACUGGAGAGACUGUGAAUAUUUCCAAUGCUUAUGAGGAUCACCGGUUCGACCCGAGUGCCGACGAGGGACAAUCCUUCAAGCACAAGUCCAUUCUCUGUAUGGCGAUAAAGAAUUCACUGGGCCAGAUAAUCGGUGUGAUUCAGCUAGUGAAUAAGUUCAAUGAUCUGAUUUUCACAAAGAACGACGAGAACUUCGUGGAGGCUUUCGCCAUCUUCUGCGGCAUGGGCAUCCACAAUACUCACAUGUACGAGAAGGCGGUGGUCGCGAUGGCGAAGCAGAGUGUAACCCUCGAAGUUCUCAGUUAUCAUGUUUCCGCCUCAAUUGACGAUGCCAUCAGAUUGAGGCGACUGAAAGUCCCUUCGGCGGCCUUCUUCAAGUUGCACGACUUCUCCUUCGAUGACAUGCACAUGGAGGAUAGUGACACUCUCUUGGCAUCUCUGCGGAUGUUCUACGAUCUCUCCCUCGUGGAUCGCUUCAACAUCGACAUCGAGGUACUCUGUCGGUGGCUGCUCAGCGUCAAGAGGAACUAUCGCCAUGUGACUUAUCACAACUGGAGGCACGCUUUCAACGUGACGCAGAUGAUGUUCGCCAUCCUCACCACGACUCAGUGGUGGAAGAUAUUCGGGGACAUUGAGUGCUUGGCACUCGUGAUCGCCUGCUUGUGUCAUGAUCUCGACCACCGAGGGACCAACAACUCUUUUCAGAUCAAAGCAUCAUCUCCUCUCGCUCAAUUGUACUCCACAUCAACGAUGGAGCAUCAUCAUUUCGAUCAUUGCUUGCUCAUCCUCAAUAGUCCUGGCAACCAAAUCCUGUCGAAUUUAUCAUCCGACGACUACAGCAAGGUGAUACGCGUACUUGAGGAUGCAAUCCUAUCAACAGAUCUUGCAGUUUAUUUUCGGAAACGGGGACCAUUUCUAAAUGCUGUUAAACCAAAUUCAAUGAACUACUGGCUGGCCGAUGAGUCCAGAGGCCUGCUUCGUGCCAUGAGUAUGACUGUAUGUGAUUUAUCGGCUAUCACAAAGCCGUGGGAGAUUGAGAAACGGGUGGCGGAUCUCGUGAGUUCGGAGUUCUUCGAGCAAGGUGAUAUGGAACGACAGGAACUCAACAUUACACCUAUUGACAUUAUGGACAGGGAGAAGGAAGAUCAGUUACCAAUGAUGCAAGUUGGAUUCAUCGACUCUAUAUGUUUACCCAUCUAUGAGGCCUUCGCUGUAUUAUCACCAAAACUGGAGCCCCUCGUUGAGGGUGUGCGCAACAAUAAAGAGCAGUGGAUGAAAUUGGCGCAAUCGUGCAAUAGGAAGACGCUGAGUGUGCGACACAACUCCAUCCCUUCGAUCACGAACCACAACAACAACCACAUCAACCAUCAUCUUCCCAGGCGAUCGAUGAGCAACGUGACGAGUAGCUUAAUAAAUCGUGAUAGUUGCUUGAGGACACCCAAGAUAGUCGGCAAGAUGAAUUGCUGUGCAAACAGUGUCACGAGCAAUUGCACAGUGAAGCUCAAUGGCACGGCUGGCACCAAAAAGCUCCUCGAGCAGCAAGAUUACUGCAACCAUCAAGUCACGGACCAAUGGGCAGACUAGGCUAGGGCUUUCCACUAAGAGUACCUUCUUGCUACACUCUGCAACAUGCACCAAUGAGUCAGUUUGAUGGGGAUGUGAGUUAUCCCGCACGCAAUCCCUGGUAUUUCACCCCAUAGACAAGAUAAAAUCAUUGUGUGAGUGUUAUUUUCUAUCAAAGAGUAAAAUAUAAUUACUGAUGAAAGCACAUAAGAUGUGGGGAGAAAGCACAAAGGUAAUAAAUAUAUCUCUCAAUUAGCGCAAUUGUGUAUAAAGAAGUGACCGUGAAGAGAUGUGAAGGAAGGAGAUAAAGGAAAAAAUUGUGAUGCUCUCUAAAUUGUAACAUAAAGAAUUAUUUAACUUAUAGUAGUAAUAAAAUAUGGACAGAA